AUGAGGCCGACUCUCUUCCUCCUGGCCGCGCUGCCUGCAGCCACCUUGGCUCGACUUGCAUACACGCCUCCCGCCGCCCUCGCAGUCAAAGCCGACGAUCCAAACAACGACUGCGUCCUGCCGGCAGACUACCAUGUCAGGAACUUCACCGCGGCGACCAACACCACCGGCGGCAACAGCAGCCGCAGCCUGACCUCGUACAGGUUCACGUUCCUGAAUACGCUGACAAACUCGUCCACCAGCUGCGCCUAUGGUCCCGGGACUAAACCCCAGGCCUCCGCCUCCAAAGGCGGACUGCCGCGGUAUUCGUGCGAGAGCACAGACGUGAGCUUCAUCUGGCAGGAUGAGACGAAGAAGCUGUCCAUGAUCCAGAAGGUGUGCCCCGAUGCCAACGGCCAAGCCGACUACGAAGCUGCCGGUUCCGUCAUCAUUUCCCUGUCUUGCAGCCUCGACGCCUGCCGGACCAAUGCCACCGACUACAGGGGCACCUUUACCAGCCUCAAUCCUAUCGAGCACCCUCGCGCGGUUAGACACGAGCGUGGCGUUGUGUGGUCCGUUGAGGUGGCCGGCUAA